GGCCAUUAAAAAGAGUAUUUUCAUAAAAUAAUGCAGAGAUUACACAAACUGAAAUAAGGUUGGACCUCUGGUGGUGCGCAUGUAUAUAAAGUCUACCACCGCUUUGCUGACUAAGUCACCGUGAUUGACUGAGUCACAGUGAUUUGCUGUCGGGUCGGGGUGGGGUUCUUGUGUGGGAGAUUCGUGGACCAAAUUGAUAAAAUAAUGCAUAGUGCAGGCCUGCAGCAGCCUCUCAAUAAUUCUUUCCACCAUCCAUGGCAGAAGUUGAAGUCAUAUCUACUUGUUUAGUCGGAGCAACGGCGGAAAGACCUGCCGCUGUCGCCAGAGUUGAUUUAACUCCAUGGGACCUGCAGUUCCUCCCAAUCGGGCCAAUCCAGAAAGGCCUCCUCUUCCACAAACCCAUUCCUCAUCAACAACAACAACUCUUCAAAUCCAAAUUCAUUCUUCACUUGAAAACCUCUCUCUCCUCCACCCUCGACUUCUUUCCGCCUCUUGCCGGCCGCCUCGCCUCCGAAACCACCAGCAACGACGGCGAGAAUGACAAUAACAUCUCCACCGUCGUUUUCGUGGAGUGCAAUAAUGCCGGUGUCGAGUUCGUGGAAGCCAAGGCCGCCGGCUUGACGGUGGCGGCCAUUCUCGAUCCUUCAAACGACGACGUUUCGAAGAUAAUCCGAUCUUUCUUUCCCCUGAACAGCACUCGGAAUUCCGACGGGAUCUACAAGCCGCUGCUGGGUGUGCAAGUGACGGAGCUUCUUGACGGCUACUUCAUCGGCUGCACUUUGAAUCACGCCCUCGCUGACGGCGGUUCCUUCUGGAACUUCUUCCGGUCUUGGUCUGAGCUUUCGCGCGAUUGCCGCCGUCAGAUCUCGAAAACCCCCAUCCUGGAACGGUGGUUUCCGGACAACACCACCUGCCCGAUUCGUCUCCCUCCCUCACCGCUAGAUGUUUCUGCUUUCACGCCGCCGCCGUCAUUACCGGAGACAGUAUUCCGUCUGAGCAAAGAAAACAUAGCUAAGCUCAAAAACAGAGCAAACUCUGAAAUGGGAGUAACGGAGAACCCCAUCUCCUCCCUGAUGUCACAUCUGGCUCAUCUGUGGCGAUCUGUCACCCGAGCAAGAAACCUACGCAGUGACGAAGACGUCCAUAUCAUGAUAAUCGUAGGCGCGCGUCCGAGGAUGUCUCUGCCGGAGGGGUAUUGGGGGAACGCGGCUUUCUUCGAGGUGGUGACGGAAAAAGCAGGGGAGGUGUUAGAGAAAGGGCUGGGGUGGGCGGCGUGGCGGAUGAAGGAAGCAGUGCAGAAGUAUACAAAGGAAGAAAUAGUGAAUCGGUAUAUGAGCUGGGUGAAAUCUCCCGUUCUUCACAGGAUGAAGAGUUUCCCGGCGAAUAUGCUGGGGAUCAGCAGCUCUCCUCGGUUCGACGUGUACGGGACGGAUUUCGGGUGGGGGAAACCGGUUGCGGUGAGGAGUGGGAUGGCGAAUAAGAUAGAAGGGAAGGUGACAUUAUUUGCUGGACCGGAAGAAGGGAGUGUGGACAUGGAGCUCUGCCUUCAUCAUGGAACACUAAUGGCGCUGAAAAAUGAUCCAGAGUUUUUGGAGUAUGUCACAAUUCAUCAUGAGAAAUGAUCCAGAGAUCUGCCUUCAUCAUGGAAGCAACGAAUAAUUUAUCUAUCUGGUCUCUGAUUGUGUACUGGUUUUUUCCCGACUGAUUGCUCGAGUAUUGGGGGUGAGAGUUUGAUAAAUAAUUGGAUAUUUGCAUUUUUGGUUCUUUCCAUUUCUCUCUCCAUUUUUCCUUCAUUUUUUUUUACUAUCUAUCUAUGCCUUUUUCUCCAUCCUACUCACCCACCUACCUAAUAGUGUAGAAUUAAUUAGCAUUAAUUAAUUAGUCAGUUUCCUUAUUGUAUUAGGACAUUUAUUAUUAUUUCUCUAU